CAAAGCUUGCAGCCCCACACAUCAACCUCAACUCCUUAAGUAACAACACAUACUUCACUUCCAGCAAUUACUUGCACACAAAAUUUCAAAAAAAAAAAAAAAAAACUGGUUGUAGUAGUAGUAGUAGUAACAUGUUUGUCCUAGAAAAUGGUGCCAACAAGGGUGAAGAUUCAAGGCUUCAAGCAAUCUCCGAAGCCAUCAGAGUGGUGCCUCACUUCCCCAAACAAGGGAUAAUGUUUCAAGACAUAACAACAUUGUUGUUGGAUCCCAAGGCGUUUAAAGACACGGUUGACAUUUUUGUUGAUCAUUACAGAGACAUGGAUAUUUCUGUUGUGGCUGGAGUUGAAGCCAGGGGAUUCAUUUUUGGUUCCUCAAUUGCUAUAGGCAUUGGUGCCAAGUUUGUUCCCUUAUGCAAACCUGGAAAGCUACCAGGUGAAGUAAUUUCAGAAAAAUAUGUUCUAGAAUAUGGAACUGAUUGUUUGGAGAUGCAUGUUGGUGCUGUCGAGCCCUGUGAACGGGUCAUAAUUAUGGAUGAUUUGGUGGCUACAGGUGGAACUCUGUCAGCAGCAAUUAGACUUUUAGAACGUGCUGGUGCUGAAGUAGUGGAGUGUGCUUGUGUGAUUGGUCUUUCUGAUCUUAAGGUACGCCGCAAGCUUAAUGGAAAGCCACUUUAUAUACUUUUGGAGCCACGUCAAGUAGAAAAUGGUUUUUGAGAUGGAAAUUCAAAUUGUACACUACACAUGAAGAAAUGGUUGCAUAUGAAUGACCCUUCGGAGGACUCUACAAUCGUUUUGUUUUGAGGUCUCAGUGUCAACACGCAAGAUUUCAAACGUCAUUACCCAAUGGAGCAACCAUUUUGCUAAUUUAGAGACAUUUUAAUAUAUAUAUAUAUAAUGAUCGUAUAGUCCUAAUGGUACCUUUAUUCUUUAUGGAACUUUUUUUUCUCGUA